UGCAACAUUACUAUUCUUGCUGUAAAUAUGAAAUCAUUAUUUGUGAUAAUAAUUCUUACAUUAACAAAAUGCCAAUUGACGAUACAAAUGAGAGAAGAAUCAACAACAGGAUUAGCAAUACAAAUAAAAGAUAUGCCAUCUAAAGUUCAAGGAAUACAGAAGAAUUACGAUCGAAUUACACCGAAAAUUCCUAUAGAAGAAAACAGAGAGAGUCGAAUCUAUUUAGAAGAUGUUUUGUUCGCUCUGAAAAAUCAGAACUGGACAGCUGACGAAGAGCCGUGUUUAAAUCAAACUCUAGUUUUAAUUGAAAGCUUACAGAAUUUUACUUUGUGGGCUGUAUUUAAUUGGGAUUCUAUAUCAUCUCAACCACUCGGACUUUUGUAUGGAAAUCGAUAUCAACUUGGCAAUUUCGACGAAUGCUUAAAAACGCCUUGGUCUAACAUUCAUCCUGAAUUAACAACUCAAUACUGUUUAUCCGAAAUAGUAUUAGAGAGAACGGAUCAUUUUGUGAAGAAGAGGAAUAAAACCCACGAUUGGAGAUAUCACCCUUACGGAUCUGUUCUAGACUAUUUACAGUAUCGACCUCCCCAUACACGUGCUAUCAACGAAUUGACAUGGGGUGUGUGCGUUCCCGCGAAUUGUGGACCGCGAUCUGUGGAGCGUCUACUAGCGACCAUGCUGGCUCGCAGUCAUCUAGGAGUAGCUGGCAUUCGACCUCGUAUUGCAGUGGACAGCCCAUGCCAGAAGAUGAGCGAUUCGAGAGAGUACGAUGCGCUUUUCUUCGCAUUUUUUGGCAUCCUUCUACUUUUAACAACAGUAUGCAUUGUAUCAACGAUUCUGAACAUUCGAAGGAAGGAACACUCUACCAUGGACCGUAUCAUAAAGAUAUUUUGUUUAAAAGAAAACGCAUCGAAUCUUUUAAUAGCCAAAGAGGAAGGCACUGAAGUUCUCUAUGGAAUUAGAUUUUUUACUAUUUGCUUUAUAGUCAUGGAUCAUCAAAUUGGAAUAAUAAACGCAGGCCCAAUUAGCAAUGGUCUGGAAGUUGAUCAUGAUGUUCUAUCAGUUAAAGGCAUGUUCGUGAUACACGACGACUUAUUUGUGGACACCUACUUCUUCCUGUCCGGAUUUCUUUUAGCAACUGCUAUUACAAAAUAUAAAAGACUGCCCAAUGUCUUUAUUCUUAUUUUGAAGAGAUAUAUUAGGUUAUCAGUUGGGUUUGCAGUUGUUAUAUUUUAUCUAUGCGCUGUAUAUCCAUACACGGGAUCUGGUCCUCUAUGGAACCGAAUCAUUGCCGGGGAGACAGAGAAUUGCCGCCAAAAUUGGUGGCUCAAUCUCCUAAUGCUCAACAAUUACAUUGAUAGUGAACAUAUAUGCCUAGUAAUUUCUUGGUACAUUCCAUGCGAUUUCCACUUCUUCGUCGUCACCAUAUUGGUCUACUGGAUAUACAAGAAUUCUCCUCGACUGGGUCUCACUUGUGCGGGAGUAUUGGCCAUAGCUUCCAUUGUCGUCCCAGCCAUAUUAAACUACCUCAACAAAUUGCCGCCUGUCCAGUUAUUUACUUAUGAUUUUGUGGCAGACCCCCGUGCUAGUGAACAAUUCCAUGUUACAUACAUCAAAAGCCAUGCAAGGUAUGCAGCUUACGUGGUUGGCUUCGCUAGUGGACUUAUCUUUUUCCAUUAUGGGCCUGCUGGAAACAUUAAGAUCAAGAAAUGGUCAGUGCUUGGUGCGUGUGUGGCAAUGAUGGUGAUGUUGAUCGUAAUGAUCAAUGGUGCCACAUUCCUCUGGCGUGAAUACAACCUAAUAGAAGGAAUUCUGUAUGCAGCUUUCAACAGGCCAAUAUGGGCUUGUGGUGUCGCAUUACUUGUGUUUUGCUGUAGCUGGGGACAUGUCCCGGUUGUGAAACAAUUUCUGACGUGGUCUCCGUGGGUGCCCCUCAGCCGGCUCACUUACGGCGUAUACCUGACGCACACGAUAUUCAUCACUAGGAAUGUGUUCGUAGCCAGGAGUCCUCGCCAUUUCGAUGCAUUGGAUACGUUGAACUCUGCAGCUGGAACUAUAUUUUGGAGUUGCGUGAGUUCUUUUCUCAUCUGGUUGCUGGCAGAAGCACCCGCAAACAAUUUGUUUCAACUAUGGAUUUCCAGCAUGAAAAAAGACGUAUCGAAAAAAGAAGAGAAAAAGGUUCAUGAGGACCCAAACACAAUAACAACAAUAUCGAGUAGUAGUAAUGACAAUUUGCCAUCAACAAUAUAUUUUUCAAAAAUAUAAUUAGGAAUUAUAUAUAAAAAUAUCCUUAAGUAUCUGUUACUGUUUAUUUACAAUAAAAAUGUGAAGCUA